CAAAUUGUUUAAUUCACCUGUCAUUACACUUCUGCAGUGAAGGAAAGAAGAGCAUGAGGAUGAUGCUGCGUCUAGUUGUGUGUGUUGCCGGGGUCAUACUUCUCAACAUAACAGGCUCACUCUGCCAGUUGAAAGUGUGUGGCCGAGCCCCCCUUAACCCCAAGAUUGUUGGAGGGCAAAAUGCAGAUAGGGGGUCUUGGCCGUGGCAAGCCAGCAUUAAUUAUAUUCCAAAUGGAGGUCUUAUAUGUGGAGGGAGUCUGAUCAAUAAAGACUGGGUUUUGUCUGCAGCUCAGUGCUUUCAGGAAUCCACAUUGACAGCAUCGACCUUAAUAAUCUACCUGGGACGUCAAUGGCAAAUAGGCACAAACCCACAUGAGAUUUCCAGAAAUGUGGCUCAAAUCAUCAUCCAUCCUAAAUAUGACCCAGAUACAUUUGACAGUGACAUAGCGCUAGUCAAGCUCUCCUCUUCUGUGACUUUUAAUGAUUAUAUUAGCCCCGUCUGUCUGGCGGCUGCUGGUAGUAUAUUUGCUGAUGGUACUGAGUGCUGGGUCACUGGAUGGGGAAAACUUAAUUUUGGAGACACCACUAUUCCAAACACACUGCAGGAGGUGAACAUAUCAGUCGUCAGCAACACUGAUUGUGAAUCUGCCUAUGAAACAUUAAUUACAGACAACAUAAUGUGUGCUGGAACAACCGAGGGUGGGAAAGGCGCAUGUCAGGGAGACGGUGGAGGUCCAAUGGUCGUUAAGGACUCCCGGUGGAUUCAGUCUGGAAUUACGAUUUUCGGUGCAAACUGUACAGCACCCAAGUACCCUGGCGGUUACACCAGAGUGUCCCAAUACCAGGACUGGAUCAGCUCUGUGAUAGGCAGUGACCUGCCUGGAUUUGUGAAAUUUCAAUCCAGUGGUUUCAGAAGCUCAACCAGCCUCCCCUUAUUUUGCCUUUCACUGACAUUUUCUAUCCUUCCUCUCAUCUUUUCUCUGUUUCGUUAAAGAUGUAGUCCUAAAGAUCAAUGAUUAUAACUGUUAAGGUUAACUAAUGAAGAAGACAUUUUAAUUUCAUUUUCAAAUGUAUUUAUCACCAAUAGAUAUAUAAAUAGAGGAAAACACAACACUCAAAUUGUAGGAAUGAAUGUUAUUAAAGCAUAAUUUUGA